AUCAUCGGCGAUGACGCCAGGCAGGUCUGGUACGUCAUACUCAAGUGCGCCUUGUACGGGGUCUUCAGCCUCUUCGGUAUCAUCACCAACGUCAUCACGCUUGCCGUCUUCGGGAGGAUGAGGUGCGACGACAGCGCCAGCGUCACGCUGAUCUCCUUGACCCUGUCUGACCUCCUCGGGCUGGUCGUCCUGUUCUGGAUGGGCAUGUGCUACAACCCGUGGAUCAUCUACUCCGACGUUCCUUUCGACACGCUCUCCGUCGUGUAUCUGUCCGGCGGCUGGCCCAAGAUCUACGUAUCGCGCGUCACCAGCUGGAUAACGGCGUUCGUGGCGGCAGAGAGAUGCCUGUGCAUCGCGCUUCCUCUCCGCGUUAAAACGAUCCUCACCAGACGGCGCUCGGCUUACGUCAACGCGGCCCUGUUCCUCCUGAUCUUUCUCAUGAUGCCCCCGAUCUACUACACGACGGGCCUUGACUGGCAGUGGUUCCCGGACAGGAAUAAAACGCUCCUGGGGCUGUCUUUCACGCCCGAGCGGGACGGCGUGUACGAUGCGGUGGCGUCCGCCAACAUCGUCCUGGCGUACGUCUCCUUCGUCGUCAUCGUCGCCUGCACGCUCGUCCUGGUCUACGUCCUCAAGAAACAAACCCUGUGGAGAAGCACGGCAUCCGCUGCAGAGAAAAGCUCGCCCUUGUCCAUGAGAGAGUUGAGAGCCAGCAAGAUGGUGCUGCUCCUCACCGUCAUGUUCCUGGUGUGCUACCUGCCGGGGACCGCACUGCUCCUCGUCAUGAUCUUCGUCCCGGAGUUUAACAAAGGCAUGUUUUACAAUAACCUGUUCACGGUCGUCUGGGCGUUCGUUCACCUGACGGAGGCCUUGAACUCUUCGGUGAAUAUAUUCGUGUACCGUGGAAUGAGUUCAAGAUUUAAAACAGUUUUGAACAGAAUGUUCCAUUGUGCCAAGGGAGACCCGCAUUUAGAGAUCCAUUCACAGAAUCAGGACAAAAGCAAGUUUUAAAUUUGACUUGUUGAAUAGUUUACC